AUGUCACUACACCGUAACACUAACCCUCCACCUCCACAACAAAAUCUUCCUCUAGUCGUCACUCUCAACUGCAUCGAGGAUUGUGCCAUCGAACAAGACUCCUUAUCCGGCGUCGCUUUAAUCGAACACGUCCCUCUCAGCCGCCUCUCCGAUGGCAAAAUCGAAUCUGCCGCUGCGGUCCUCCUCCACUCCCUCGCCUACCUUCCGCGCGCAGCCCAACGCCGUCUCCGUCCUUACCAGCUUAUCCUAUGUCUGGGGUCGGCUGACCGAGCCGUCGACUCGGCACUUGCUUCCGAUUUAGGUCUCCGGCUUGUCCACGUGGACACUUCUCGAGCCGAGGAGAUCGCUGAUACGGUUAUGGCUUUGUUUCUUGGCUUGCUGCGUCGGACGCAUUUGUUGUCUAGACAUGCGUUGUCAGCUUCGGGUUGGCUUGGCUCGGUGCAGCCGCUUUGCAGAGGAAUGAGGAGGUGUAGAGGUUUGGUAUUGGGGAUUGUUGGUAGAUCUGCAUCAGCUAGGUCAUUGGCCACUAGAAGCUUGGCUUUUAAAAUGAGUGUUCUUUAUUUUGAUGUACAUGAGGGACUGGGAAAAUUAAGCAGGUCUUCUAUUACAUUUCCUUCAGCUGCUCGAAGAAUGGAUACUCUUAAUGAUUUACUAGCUGCAAGUGAUCUUAUUUCACUUCACUGUGCUUUAACUAAUGAAACUGUUCAGAUUAUCAAUGCAGAGUGUUUGCAGCAUAUAAAGCCAGGGGCAUUUCUUGUGAAUACGGGCAGCAGUCAGCUGCUGGAUGAUUGUGCUUUGAAGCACCUUCUGAUUGAUGGGACCUUGGCUGGUUGUGCCCUGGAUGGCGCUGAAGGGCCACAGUGGAUGGAAGCAUGGGUAAAAGAGAUGCCCAAUGUAUUGAUACUUCCACGCAGUGCAGAUUACAGUGAAGAAGUGUGGAUGGAGAUCAGGGACAAAGCCAUCUCUAUACUGCAGUCAUUCUUCUUUGAUGGGAUUAUACCAAAGAAUGCUGUUUCUGACGAGGAAGAGGAAGAAAGUGAAAUAGGUGAUGAAAGUGAACAGUUUCACAGACAAGACAAAGAAAGUACUCAGCAGGAUUCUGUUGGUGAGCAAUUGACAGAUGAUAUUCAGGUAACUCCAGAAGGCUCUCACAAAAAAGUCAUUACUCAGUCAAUAGAAUCUAUCAGCCAGGCUCAGGGUUCUGGAAUGUCUCAAAAUACGGCCACAAGAUCUGAAGGAAGACGCAGCCGAUCAGGCAAGAAGGCAAAAAAAAGACAUGUCCAUCAAAAAUCCCGACAGAAAUCAGAUGACCCUUCUCAAUUAGAGAAAGAAAGUACUUCACAUCAAGAAGAUGAUACUGCUAUGAGUGGCACUGAUCAAGUGUUAAGUUCCGGUUCUCGGUUUGCUUCCCCUGAAGAUUCAAGGAGUAGGAAAACACCGAUAGAAUUAAUGCGAGAAUCAACUUCAGGCCAGCAUUCAAGAUCAGGCAAGAAGCUCAGUGGAAAGUCUGAUGAGCUGCUCAAAGAUGGGCACAUUAUAGCUUUAUAUGCAAGAGAUCGUCCUGCACUCCAUGUCUCCAGGCAAAGAGUUAAAGGAGGUGGUUGGUUCCUGGAUGCUCUGUCAAAUGUAACAAAAAGAGAUCCUGCAGCACAGUUCCUUGUUGUUUUCAGAAGCAAGGACACGAUUGGAUUGCGCUCUUUUGCUGCUGGUGGAAAGUUACUGCAGAUUAACAGAAGAAUGGAAUUUGUCUUCGCCAGUCACAGUUUUGAUGUUUGGGAGAGCUGGAUGUUGGAAGGUUCUCUGGAGGAAUGCAGGCUUGUUAACUGUAGAAAUCCUUUGGCUGUUUUGGAUGUACGCAUUGAGAUUCUGGCAGCCGUAGGGGAAGAUGAUGGUGUUACUCGAUGGCUAGAUUAG